UCUGUAUGAAUAGGAACACAUCAAAAUGGCUAAGAAGAGAAUAGUUAUGGCUUCUUUAUACCUUGGAACAGGACCUUUGGAACAGGAGCUGGUAGACUGCAUAGAAGAAACACUGCAAAGGUCACAGGAGGAGACUAUGGUAUCCAAUCUUAGAGUUUCUGUUCUGCUAGACUGCACAAGAGGGUCUAGAGGCAAGAAGAAUUCUCGAACUAUGCUGAUUCCACUGCUCAAGAAGUUUCCAAAUCAAGUGCGUGUUUCUUUGUAUCACACUCCAGAUCUCAGAGGAAUUCUUAAGUUCCUUCUUCCAGAGCGGUUCAAUGAGACAAUUGGGCUGCAACACAUCAAAGUCUACCUCUUCGAUAACAAUGUCAUUAUUAGUGGAGCAAAUCUGAGUGAUUCCUACUUUACGAAUCGACAGGAUCGUUAUGUUUUACUCCAUGACUGCCAUGAGAUAGCAGAUUUCUUUGAUGAACUGGUUAAUGCAGUCAGUGAUGUCUCACUUCAGUUACAGCAUAAUGACACUGCUGAUGUGAAACCAGGAAUGAUCCACCCAUUCACAGGUAGUCGAGCAGAUUUCUGUGCAGCAGCAAAGGAGAGGAUCAUGGCCGUGGUGAACGAAGCAAGAAGCAAGCAGCAGUGCAGAAUCUGUGUAAAUGGCCUGUCUGAAAGUAGUUCUGAAGAAAAGUUGCUUGUGCCCAGUGACAUUGGUAGAGCUCCAAAACACAUAGAUACAUGGAUUUACCCCAUAAUACAAAUGAGACCAUUUGAAAUAAGAAUAGAUGAGCAAGUGACUGAAACUUUAAUGGUUGAAGCUGAGAUGGAUUCUAAGAUGUACUUGACUUCAGGAUAUUUCAACCUCACUCAAGCCUAUAUGAAUCUUAUUUUGGGCACCAGUGCAGAUUACCAGAUACUGCUAGCCUCACCAGAGGUAAAUGGCUUCUUUGGUGCUAAGGGUGUAGCAGGAGCCAUUCCUUCUGCUUAUGUUUAUAUUGCCAAACAGUUUUACAGCAGAGUGUACCAGAGUGGGCUGCAAGAUAGAAUAAGACUACAUGAAUACUUCAGGAAAGGCUGGACUUUCCAUGCAAAAGGAGAUUCUGCAUUUCAAGUUUGGCAAGUGAGAGGCGUCAAAACCCUUACUAACUUACACGUUGAGAAUGUUUUUGCAUCUUUUAACUCUCUCUUGGAAAUAUGAUCUGCCCCUUACACACUUCUUUCGCUAUUUACAAAUCAGAGAUUUUGCACGCAAAAAAAUCACCCAGUUUCCUUUAUUGCGCCCUAAUUCACUGAUAGACAUUAUGUUAGAAUUAAAUCCUUUUGUUAGGGGGUUAAUUUCCAAAUUGUAUUCUCUAAAUUUUUCACUGCAUUACCCUUCGCUUUCUACCUUUAAAAACUCGUGGAGCAAGAUUUUGAUUCAGAUUUAUCAGAAGGUAACUGGAAGUCUAUUCUCUCUCGUGUACAUUCCUCAUCUGUAUGUACAAGACAUUGGUUGCUACAAUUCAAAAUGUUAUAUUUUAUCCAUCUAUCAAGGUGGAAUUAUCUAAGAUUUAUCCAAAUUUUGACCCAUCCUGUGAUAAAUGUCAUACUGCCCCAGCCUCUUGAAUUCAUAUGUACUGAUUGUGUCCUAAAUUGGCUUUGUUUUGGACAAAAAAUUUUUAGCUCACUCUCACAUAUUUUCAGUAGUUGAACCUUCUCCUAUUACAGCACUCUUUGGAGUGGAACCAAAUGGCAUUCCUCUUAUACAAAUUCAAACUUUUGCACUUGCCUUUUCAACAUUAUUGGCUAGACAUAUUAUUCUAUUAAAUUGGAAAUUGUCUACUCUGCCUUCUUUUAUUAAUUGGACAUGUGAUCUUAUGCAGAAUCUUAAACUUGAGAAAAUAAAGUGCACUAUAAGGGGCUCCGCUGAUGGAUUUUAUCAAGCUUGGCAACCUUUCUUAGAUUACUCUGAGGAACUACAGCUCUCUACUUUCAUAUGCAACCUAAUUAGGAUCAGUUUUGUAUUAUAUCAGGUGAAACUAUAUCUGACCUAUGAUUGUUGUUGACUUUCUUAUUAUCUAUUUUUUGGGGUUUUAGGAGGGUUUUUUUCUCUUUCCUUUUUCUUCCUCCUACUUUUCUUUCUUUCUCUUCCAAAUGUAAGUGUAUUGAAUUAUUGUUGCAUUGUGAACCUUUUUUUUGUGUUUGCUCAUUAUGACUGUUGUUAAAUUUUUCUUUGAAAAAUAAAGAAU